GCAUGCGCUGUUAGUCAUACUAUUCAUGUCUUUCAUAUCCGUCUUUCUGUGACUUCCUUUGCAUUGAAGACACAAAACGUGAACACAAGUCAUGCCGAUAAAGCAUAUGGUAGAGAUUGGCCGCAUUGCGGUCAUCCACUUCGGAGCGAAUGCCGGUAAGACUGCCGCCAUUGUCGAUGUGAUCGAUCAGAAUAGGGCUCUGAUUGACGGACCGACGAGUGGUGUGCCGCGACAGGCCAUACAAUUCAAACGAUUGCGGUUAACUCAGUUCAGACUGCGUAUACCACACGGCACUUCAUCGGCAGUCGUGGCCAAGAAGUGGAAAGAAAAUGAUAUUUCCAACAAAUGGACGCAAACUAAACAAGCGAAUAGAUUACAUGCGUUUAAUUUGAAACAAGAGAUGACAGAUUUCGAUCGUUUCAAACUUUACAAACUUAAGCAAAGAGUUAACCGCGCCAUUGACCGCAAGUUUCGGGUUCUUAAGGCUAAGUCAACUAAAGAGACGAAAGAGUUGAAAAAGAAGAAAAUAUUAGAGAAGAAAUCGAAGAAAAAGACCGCAAAACCUAAGACAGCGAAGAAAUGAUGCAUUUGUUUGAAUGUUAAAUAAAAUUGAUUUGA